AUGGUUGCACCCAAGAUUCAAAUCCUAAUGGCAAUUGGUGUUGCCCUUGGUGUCGUUCAGGCUGGUCCUAUCGACUACAGCAACUACAUCAAUAGGUCACCCGUCAAUAACCAGGCCACUUGUACGACUCCUCAAUGUCGCUUGACUGCAGCUGGAAUUGUUAACGACAUGGACCCUACUGCUGACCCCUGCCAGGACUUUAGCAAGUUCACUUGCGGCGGAUUCCACGCAAAGCACAAGAUUCCAGAGGGCAAGCCUUCUAUCGGUCCUUUUGAUAUCCUGAGGGACGACAACGCUCGCAUUCUUCGCUUAAUUGUCGAUCCCUCCCUCGGUCAGACCCCCAAAGCUCCCGUCGGGGACAAAGCUGCUCAAAGAAACAUCAAGAAGCUUCAGGAUCUGUUCAACAGCUGCAUGGACGAUAAGGCGAUCCUCAAGGCUGGGCGCAAACCCCUUGUCGACGAAAUCCAAAAGAUCGUCAAUUCCCUCCCUGCCUCCAGAUCUCAUCCUGACAAGAAGACCCUCGCUAAGACGUUGGGUCAGAUUGCAAAGUAUGGGCUCGAGACCCCGGGUUUCAUUAACCUUGACGUUGGCUCGGAUGAUAAUAAUCCGUUGGCUAAUGUGUUGACAGUCAAUGAGGAUGGAUUGGGUCUGAGGGACGAGAGUCAGUACAAGGAUGAGAAACGGAUCAAGGAGUAUAAGGAGACUAUUGCGGCUAUGUUCCAGAUCAUCUUGGGCGAUGAGGAUGUCACCAACCGAUCCCAGCCGCUUACUUCGAAUGAUACCAAAAAGGAGUGGUCCAAUGCCGCUAAGGAGGUUGUCGACUUCGAGAUUCAGCUUGCAGAAAUCAAAACACCUCAAAGCGAACUUUGGGACUCGACCAAGAACAGAAACCCGCGCACUAUCGCACAACUGAAUGCCUUGACCCCCUCGAUCGAUUGGUCCCUGUUCCUAAAGGAGUCCUUCCCUCCCGGCCUCAAAUACACCGGCCCCAUCAUCGUCUCCUCCUUGCCCUACCUCACCAAGCUGGAAGGCCUCCUUCAAAAGACUUCGGCCAAGACUCUCCAACGCUACUUUUCCUGGGUCCUCAUCCGCAGCCUUUCCAGAAAUCUGGCGCAGCCUUACAAACAGCCCAAGACCAACUUUGACAGCGUCGCAUCCGGCAUCUCUGCAAACGCCACAACCGAACGCUGGACCACCUGUCUCUCAACUGCCGACACGAACCUAGUCCACAUCACCGGCCACUACUUUGUCAAAGCCACUUUCAAGGGCAACAGCCGCCAAGAGGUCCUGAACAUCGUCGACAACAUCAUCGCUAGCUACGAAAACACUUUCCCGACCCUCGCCUGGCUCGACAAAAAGACCCGCGACGGUGCCAUCAAGAAACUCAAAGCCAUCGUCAAAUCUAUCGGCUACACGACCGACAACCCGGACGACGUCUCUGCAAAGUCCCUGGAUGCCUUCUACAAGGGGUAUGCUGUUGGUGAGAAAGACUUUUUUGGGAACCAGUUGAGGUAUAAGCGUUGGGCGGCUGCGAAAGCGUUUGGAGAGUUGUUGGUGCCUGUGGACCGGGAGGGGAUGGAGUUUUCGCUUACGACGGUGAAUGCGUUUUAUAACCCUGGGGCUAAUUCGAUUUAUAUCCCGGCGGGUAUCUUGCAGUUGCCGUUUUUUAACAUUGAGAACCCAGAAUAUGUUAAUUAUGGAAGCAUGGGUGUCGUUGGCGGCCAUGAGAUCGGGCAUGCGUUCGACAAUAACGGACGCCACUACGACUCCAUCGGACGUCUCGCAAACUGGUGGACGAACGCCACGUCGCAGGCAUUCGAAGAAAAGGCCCAGUGCUUCGUCAACCAGUACGGAAACUUCACCAUCAAAGGACCUCAGGGCGAGGAUCAUAACCUGGAUGGGGAGUUGACACUCGGCGAGAACCUUGCCGACAAUGGAGGUAUCAAGAUGGCCUUUAGGAUCUGGCAAAGUCGCCACAAGUCCGACCCCAAGGGCAACAAGUUCAAGAACUUCAAGUUGCCAGGACUGGACAAGUACACCCCCGAGCAACUGUUCUUUAUCUCCUACGGACGCCUGUGGUGCACUAUGAUGACACCCGACGCCCUCGUUGACUAUGUCGGUUCCAACCCCCAUUCCCCUGGAAAGUGGCGUAUCAAUGGUGCUGCUCAGAACUCGCCUGAUUUCGCGAGGGCGUUCAAGUGUAAGGCGGAUACACCGAUGAACCCUGUCAACAAGUGUGAGGUGUGGUAG